AUGGUCAGCCUUCCCGCCAUGGAGCAUUCAGCUCUCGGGAAACGACCUGAUUGGCUUGAACUAUCACUGAUUAUUAAUUAUCCCAUGUAUAACAGUCGGUUAUACACGACCAAGACGGACGGUCAACUGGCCUGCAUCAUCACCAUGACUCCGGUACAAGAUAGAUUGCUUAAACCGUUGCGCAGACAGCGGCUGAGAAUCACAACCGCUUGUGAGACUUGCCGGCUGCGUAAGGUCAAAUGUGACGGUGCUCGCCCAGCAUGCGCCAGGUGCCUGGGAAGAGGAAAGACGUGUACAUAUAGUUUGAGCUCGCUUCCUUACAGCCAACAACCUAAGCGCAGGUUGCCACCGGUACGCAGUCAUGCUCCCGCCCCGGUCUCCCCGCCAGCCUCGCGGGCUCCCUCGCUCGACACAUCGUCUCAAUCAGUGCACGUGGAAGACCAAGACCGACCCCAGAACCAAGAUCUGGAUGCAGAUGUCGACCAGAAUCGUCCUAUGUACACUGCACAUGGAAGAUUUGCCGUGGACGUCGCAGCCGCCAUCGACGUGAGAGCAGGGCUCGCGCCCGCCGCCAUAUCCAAUCUAGUUCCGUUUGUGGAUGCGCCUUUGUUCGGCGAGACUGACUUGCAUGCUGCAGCUGGAGUCCCGAGCGGGUCGGCUGGGCUGCCUCACCGGGCUUAUGCGGAUCGACUGGUCGACAUCUACUGGCGCUACGUCGACCCAGUGGAGCCCAUCCUAGAUCGAGAGCGCUUUACCCGUGACUACGAAGCCUCGUACGCCCGUCCGGAUCUCUUGUCUCACGCGGACCGUGAGAUCUGGGUGAGCGUUCUGAAUGUGGUCUUCGCCCUGGCGGUGCAAAGGCAGGAAUCCAUCCCCUGUCACCAACGGAACGAGGAGGGGAAUCGCUAUUUCCAGCGCGCAUGGGCGGUUCUCCUCCCUGAGACUAUUCUGUGGAAUCCUGGCUCGCUGGAACUGGUGCAGUGCUUGAUGCUGAUGAACAGAUACCUCCACUGUACCAAUAACCAGCAGAAGACGUGGAUGACGGCGGGCCUGGCGAUGCGUAUCACGCAGAGCCUGUGUGGCCAACAACCCGAGGCGACUUCGACCAAAGAGGCCCACAAGGACAGGCAGUUGAAGCAACGGGUUUGGGCGAGUUGUGUUGCGCUCGACCGAUGCGUUUCCUGGUCUCUCGGCAGGACCUCGGCACCAUCUCUGGCUCCCCUGCCGAACAAGAGCGAAACCAUGUGCUCGACCACCCAGGCUGGGACUCAUGCCGAGCACUUCACACACGGAUUAGAGCUUCAUGAGAUCGGCAAUCAGAUUCAACUGGCACAGACACAGACACGGAAUGGCCUCGUUGCCCGGCUGAGACUGCCGCGACUGUACCAACAGGAUGAGUACCAUGCCGUGGCAGUCCAACUCGAUGCCUGCCUCAACCGAUGGGAGGACAGUCUCCCCAGCGACUGCAGGUUGCAGAAUCUGUCCCAGGUGGUCGAUAGGACCGCUCGAGCAGAGCGAUACCUGCUUCAUCUGCGUCUCCUCCACUCCCGAAUCUUCCUCUACAGACCCCUCCUCGCCCGCUUCUACUCCAUGCGAUCGCACACAGCCACUGCCACGGCUCCACAAACCUCCCACCCACCCAGCCUCAGCGACCGCCUUCUCCGCGAAUGCGCCGGGAUGUGCGUCGAGGCCGCGCAAAAGGUCACUUCGCUGGUCAUCGCGGCCCUCGAGCCCAACGAACCCAUGGGCCUGCUGCCCUGGUGGUACCGCAUCUACUACCUCCACAUCGCGGGCACCAACUUCCUCGCCGCCAUGUUCGGAGCAGACCUGUUCACCGAGUCGGUGGCGCAGUCCUGGCGCGAUGUCCUCGCGGCGCUCCGGGCGCACGAGCAUCUGAGCACAUAUGUCUCGCAGUGUAUCCGGACGUUUGAGACGCUCUCGACCAGGAUCUUGGAGACACGGUACCCAACUCCGGAGAGCGGGGCGCUACCGCUCGAGGCGGGCACUUCGGGGCUUUUGUUUGAUGAUAUUUUUCAGGAUGCGGGCUUUGACUUUGACGCUUUUCUGUUUGGUAUGGAGGAGAUCAUGGAGGGGCCGCGGUAG